GAGUGACCUCCCACCUCACCUCACGUGCCGCGCGCGAGAAGUCCUGUAGCGAAGAAGAGAAGGAGAUGGAUAACUUUGCUAACAAACGUGUCGGAGGCACACAAACAAAAACGAGUCGACAACAUGAAUGAGGUAGAUCAUCUAUUGGAGCACAAAUUUGAGACCCUGAAUCUGGAGGAAAAAUUAGAGGCAAAACGCCUCAUGUCUUCUGCUUUUCAGUCUAUUUAUGUUUUCCCCGUCUUAUAUGUUCCCACUCCUGGCCUGCACCUUGUCGUGGUGAGUGGGCUUUAAACCAAGACAGGCCAUUCUGAAUCUUUUGUUUCACAGCUAUUAUCUUUGAUUUCUCCUCCAGGACACUGCCUAGGCCUACGGGAGGUGUACUCCAUGUACCUGCCUGCUGUCCUGGCAGGUCCUUGUUGGUGGAGCUGAGGGCUGAAUAGAGAAUGGGAAACACCAAGCCAGGGCUACAAACAGCAUGGUGGGACACUGACACCUGCAGAAGUAUCAUCUGAUCUGACAUGGGACGGUUGUGAGGAGGAGGCUGCAGCCCCCCACGGAAGGGUGAAGGAGUGACAGGAAACCAGAGCGAGGGGCUUAUCUCAGCAGAGGACAGAAGCAGCUGCAGCAUCCAGCAGUAGGACAUCAGCAGGAAGCUGUUGCGGUGUUAUAAACACGACUUGGCAGGCUGACCACCAAAGCCUUUUGUUGUUAUCAAACAAACCUUUUAGUCUAUCUGCACGAUUCGCACUGUGACAUCGCCAGUGGACGGUGCAUCUAACGUGCAUAUACCAUGGACGUUCAGAUAUGUUCUGCAAAAACCAAGGCUAAUUAAUAUCGGCCCGUUGAGUAUAAUUGACCGCGUCUGGACCGGGGGAAGUGCAUACGACCCACAGGUCAUACAUGUCGAACAUGGAUGGAGACGAGGUGCAGGAUGACCGCGGGUCGCGGGAGGAGUGGACGCUGCUCUUCUGGACGUCCCUCGCGGUCAUCAUACCCGUGGUGAUCACGUUGUGGUGCAGCACCCAGCGCUCCAAGCGGAAAAUACACACCAAAGAGUUCUUCCGCAAGAGCAAGCACGGCUGGCACUACACGGAUCUCUUCCACAAGCCUACCUACUGCUGCGUCUGCUCCCAGCACAUCCUGAACGGAGCCUUCUGCGACUGCUGCGGGGUGUGCGCCGACGAGCAGUGUCUGCGCCGGGCGGACCGAAGUCUGGUGUGCAAGGAGAUCAUGGCCCCCCCUCGGUCGAACGGAACGUCGGAGCAUCACUGGGUCCGAGGCAACGUCCCCCUGGCCAGCUACUGCUUAGUGUGCGAGCUGCAAUGCGGGACCCAACCUAAGCUGUGCGACUUCAGGUGCAUCUGGUGCCAGUCCACGGUGCACGACGACUGCAUCCCCAGCAUGACGGACCGCGGCCGCUGUGACCUGGGCGAGUUCCGCAGCCUCAUCAUCCCCCACCACUACCUGUACAACGUCAACAAGCUCCGCCGGAGACACCCCGAGGACUACAGCAAGCUGGGCACCUCCUGCGGUCGGGGAUGGACCCCCGUUCUGGUGCUGGCCAACACACGCAGCGGGAACAACAUGGGGGACGACCUGCUGAAGCAGUUCAGGAUCCUGCUCAACCCCGUCCAGGUGUUUGACCUGUCCAAGCUGGCCCCCUCCAAGGCCCUCCAGCUCUGCACCCUGCUGCCUCCCGGCAGUGUGCGGGUGCUGGUCUGCGGGGGGGACGGCACCGUGGGCUGGGUGCUGGACGCCAUCGACGCCAUGAAGCUCAAGGGCCAGGACCCCUUCAUCCCUCAGGUCACCAUCUUGCCCCUGGGCACCGGGAACGACCUGUCCAACACCUUGGGCUGGGGGUCGGGCUACGCAGGAGAGAUCGCCGUGGAGCAGGUGCUGCGCAACAUCCUGGACGCCGAGGUGGUCAAGAUGGACAGGUGGAAGGUUCAGGUAGCCUCCAAAGGCCUCUACUUCCGGAAACCAAAGGUGAUGAGUUCAAAAUGAUCCUAAAAAUGGUUACAUUUACGUUCUCACUCUCUUAAGUAUUUUCCGCAGUGCCAUGGUAUUAUUAUUUAACGUUAGCGAGAACUUGUGGCGUUUGCUACUGUUUACGACGUCACACGGAGGAACGUCAUGGCAACGUGCCGCGUGACGCAAUGCA